CUGCAGGAGCCGUUGAGGUGCUCAACCUUUCAAGAAGGGCAAAAGAUGCUUCGUUAAGCGCACGACCCUGUUAGCACUACCAAGUCUCAACCUUUCCUUUGCAGUCUCCCACCUCCAGGCAACCCCCCAAAUGAGAGGCACGGAAAAACUUCUAAAACCACCAAAAUCUUAACACGCACUACAAGUCCCAGCGUUCAGCGCUGUCUCAGGCCAAACACCAACAGGACCCGCCAGAAAAACUACAAAGUCCAGGAUGGAGUGCUGCCUCGGACCCUGAGCACUUCUCUGCCGAAACCCGAUGAGGAAACUACUAAAGUUCCUGUGGAACCAAAGCAGAAUUAUAUAAGAACAUAAUGGAUGGUGAGGAGAAAACCUAUGGUGGCUGUGAAGGCCCUGAUGCUAUGUAUGUCAAAUUGAUAUCUUCUGAUGGUCAUGAAUUUAUUGUAAAAAGAGAACAUGCACUAACAUCAGGAACAAUAAAAGCCAUGUUGAGUGGCCCAGGUCAGUUUGCUGAAAACGAAACCAAUGAGGUCAAUUUUAGAGAGAUCCCUUCACAUGUGCUUUCAAAAGUCUGCAUGUAUUUUACCUACAAGGUUCGCUACACUAACAGCUCCACCGAGAUUCCCGAAUUUCCCAUCGCACCUGAAAUAGCACUGGAACUGCUGAUGGCUGCGAACUUCCUAGAUUGUUAAAUAAAAUAAAUUAUAAUAAACUGUUAAUUUUUCAGUAUUUAAUACUUGUAGUUCAGUUAGUAAUUUUUUCAUAUAUAGCAUGUUGCCUGUAUGCAAUUGAACUGUAAAGUUAAUUGCAAAGCAGAUUAUCUUGUUUUUUUGCAUAGCAAUCCGUUGAAAUUUGUUUACCACAUCAGCAAAUUAAGGACAUUUUCACAAACAAAAAUAAACAGAUAUGCCAAUUCGUAGGUGGUUUUGCCUUAUCUUUUGGAUGUAACUUUUAAAUUAGAAUGAUGAUGAUAUAGCAAAUGCUGAUUGUAGGCAUAAAUGAACAUGUUCUACAAGUAAAUAAUGGGACUAAAUAUUUUAAUGGUUUUAGUGUUUUUCUUUAAAGUUCUCAUCAUAGCUGCUGAUAGUAUUUCUAGAGUUAUGCAAAUAAUUACAUGAUAAACAUGUUUAUAACUUAGUCAAAACAUUUUUUAUAACUAAAAGAAUAAGAGUUUUUCUUAAAUGUGUAUUUUAUAAACUGCAGUAUUGUUUAAGUGUAUUGUGUUUUGUUUAUUGCUACAAUUUAAGAACUUAAUUUAAAAGCAAUUUUGGAAUGUUACUAGGUAUAACUUUUGGGACCGUAACUGUUUGAAUUGUAGCCAGAUGGUCAGCAAGUAAACUACAUGACUUAAGAGUUCUGUGUAUUGUGCGUUUUGGGCAAUCCAAAAUGCUGUAUUUUCAUUUUACUAUAAAGCUCCCUUUAUAAUUUUCA